AUGACUAAAUACGCAUAUGUCAUCAAACUUGGUGCCAAGUUCACAUAUGUCGUAGAACUUGGUGGCCAAGAUUAUAAUAUCCUUUGCCCUCAAUGUCAUUUUGCUGUCAACGUCCAUUCUUCUUCUUUAGGUGUUUCCGUUGCUGCUGUUAAAUGUGUUGAUAUUAGCCAUUCAAUUUCACUCCAACAAGAAGCACAAAUCUUGACAACUCUCAAAGGUUGUCCAUACGUUGUUCAAUUCAGCACCGACAAUGAUAAUAUUCCAACUUACAAUUUGUUUCUUGAAUAUGCAUCUGAUGGAUCACUACACGAUUUGAUAAUCAAUUCCAAGAGAGAAAUGAUAAAGAUGUCAGAAUUGGAAGUAGGUUUCGAUGCAUAUCAACUCUUGAAGGGUAUUCAACACGUUCAUAACAAAGGGUGGGUUCGUUGUGAUAUUAAACCUGCUAAUGUUUUGGUUUUCGAUAAUGCUGAACGUGGUGAGAUGCACAAGUUGAAGUUGGCCGACUUUGGAUUGUCGUUGAGAAUUGCUGAAGGAAUGGCAUAUAUGACUGGAAAAACGUUGAGAAAUCGAGGGACUCUACUUUACGCGCCCCCAGAAUCUUUGACCAGUGGUUUUCAUGCCAUACCUUAUGAUAUAUGGUCGCUAGGGUGCACUAUGGCAGAGAUGAUGACUGGGAAUCGAUUUUGGAUUCAUUGUGACAAAAAAGAUUCACAGUGGAAGAUUAUGAAUGAUGAAGACCCUGAGAUUCCAAGUUAUGUUUCUGAGAUAGCUAGAGAUUUUUUACACUAG